AUGAAACUCUUUUCUGCUGUACUCGUUGCCCUCGUUCUUGCUGCUGUCGCGACCGACGGCUCGCUCAGUGUACACUCGGAUGUUGAGGGCAAGAGCGAAACGAUGAACGACGUGGGGCAACAGAGCCCCGUGCAGGAGCAACAGAACCCCGUGCAGGAGCAACAGAACCCCGUGCAGGUUCAACAGUCGAGCGGUCCGGUCAGCACCAAUGCCUGCGUCCUCACGGGCACGUACAAGCAAGGGACUGACGUUUCGGCGUGCAGCUCCAUCACCGUCGAGUCACUCAGCGUACCGGCUGGCGUGACGUUGGACCUGACGAAGACGGAGAGGGGUGCCGUCAUUGAGUUCAAAGGCACCACGACGUUCGGUACGAAAAUGUGGGCUGGUCCUCUCGUUAUGGUCAGCGGAACGGAUCUCACCGUGAAGGGAUCGGGCGUCCUUGACGGACAAGGACCUUGGUACUGGAAAUACGGUCCGUCCAUCUUGCGCCCCGUCUUCUUCCGUCUCGAAAGCGUCAUCACCUCGAAAGUGUCCGGUUUCACGAUCAAGAACAUGCCCUUCCGUACGUUCAGCGUCAUCACGUGCAAGAACACGGAUCUGUUUGGUCUCACGAUCGACUCGAGAGCGGGCGAUGGCAUCGCCAAGAACACGGAUGGGUUCGACUUGUCCAAGAACGACGGGGUCACGAUCACCGGCAACACGAUCUACAAUCAGGACGACUGUCUCGCAAUGCAGUCGAGCACCAACACCAUCUUUAGCUACAACAACUGCUACAAUACGCACGGUAUUUCCAUCGGGUCUGUUGGCGGCAACGCUGUCGACGCUUCGACCACCGUGCGGGGUGUGACCGCUGUGGGCAACAGGAUCGUCAACAGUGUGAACGGCAUCCGUAUCAAAGCCAUCAUUGGUCUCAAGGGACUGAUCACUGACGUGAAGUUCAUCAACAACACGGUUGAGAACGUGCACAACGCCAUCGUAAUCCAUUCGGACUACAGCAAGGAAGAAGGUCGAUACACGGGCACCCCCACGAGUCUAGUGCAGAUCACCGGUAUCACGGUCUCCGGUCUCACUGGUUCGGCAACCAACUUGUACGACAUCAAUGUCAACCCGAACGUGGUGUCGAAUUUGACGUUUGUAAACAUUAACGUCAAGACGUAA